UAGUUAUUUAGCUAUUAUUUUAGUAGUAGUUAUACUUAAACUUGGUUUCCAAUCCACUGAUAAAUAAUAAUAAUAAUAAUACUAUUAAUAUUAUUACUAAUAAAAACAGUUGUCACCCAAACUCAAUAAAUGCAUUGAGUUUUUUUUGAUUGACUUUUUUUUAUUUAAUUUUAUUUUGAGUCCAUUCCUCAUCCAAAUUAUAUUAUGGCAUUAAACCUACCAGUGUUUGGCUAUUGGAAUAUACGUGGAUUGGGACAACCAAUCCGCUUGUUAUUGGCCUACACUGAGACAGAGUAUGAGGACAAGCGUUUUAAUUAUGGUCCGCCACCUGAGGAUAGGGCCGAAUGGUAUGAAAUCAAACCUAAAAUGGGUCUCGACUUUCCCAAUUUGCCCUAUUAUAUUGACGAUGAAGUAAAGUUGACACAAAGUUUGACAAUUAUGCGCUAUCUGUCCAAAAAACACCGAUUGGACGGACACAAUGAACGCGAAAGGAUCCGUAUCGAUAUGAUUGAGAAUCAACUAAAAGAUUAUCGGGCCGACUAUUUGGCCACUACUUUUGACCCCCAUUUUGAGGUGGCCCGAGUCGACUACAUCGACAAAAAGUUGCCGACCGUACUGAAAGAGUUGAGCAGUUUUCUCGGCGAUCAUCCGUACUUUGCCGGCAAAAGUAUCAGUUAUGUCGACUUUAUUGCCUACGAGUUCAUCGAUUUGCACUAUUAUCUCGAACCGGAACUGUUUGCCAAUACACCCAAUCUUAAAGAGUUUUUGUUACGCAUAGAAGAGCUGCCAACCAUUCAUAAGUACCAAUACUCGGAUAAUUAUAUCCGUUGGCCAUCGGGUCUAGUAGUUCGGUGGUAUAAAAGCAAGUACUACAGUACGUUCAACAAAUAUAUCAAAAAUUAAAUGACCAAAAAGUGAUUGAUUGCCGGCAGCGGCAGUGGUGCCGUGUAAUCAACAAAUUCAAUAUCACAUUGUAAUUGAAAGACAAUUUUAUUUUAUUAUUAUUUUUUUGAAUACCCGAUAUACUAUUUUUUAUAUAUGUUAUAUGUAUCUUUCAAUUAUGAUAUUUUAUUUAAUGAAUGCUUAUAUUAUAAUAACAAUUAUUGUUUAAUAAUGAAUUUCACAAAUGAAUAUCAAUUAUCUAUUUUUGAUUUAAUCAAUUGCUCUAUACUAUUACUAUUA